ACCCUCCUCCCACGGAUGUCACCAUGACAACCGCUUCUCGCUUAUGGUCUCUGCAGUCAAGAUGGCGGAGGAAGAGAAUGAAUCUGCACUCCCUAUCGCUACUGAGCCCAAGAAACGACGCGCCCCUAAAGCCCCAGAGCUUCCUAUCUUGGAGAGAAGGAACUGGCUCAUUCACCUACACUAUAUCCGCAAAGACUAUGAGACCUGUAAGGCCAUCAUCAAAGACCAGCUGCAGGAAACCAAUGCGAUGUGUGAAUAUGCCAUAUAUGUGCAAGCGUUAAUCCUACGGCUGGAGGGGAAGAUCCAGCAGUCCCUUGAGCUGUUUCAGAGCUGUGCCAUCCUUAGUCCAACCAACGCCGACAACCUCAAACAAGUGGCCAGAUCCCUCUUUCUGCUUGGGAAGCACAAAGCGGCCAUCGAGGUCUAUCAUGAGGCUGCCAGGCUCAAUGAGAAAGAUUGGGAGAUCAGCCAUAAUCUGGGAGUGUGCUACUCCUUCAUAAAGGAUUUCAAACAUGCUCAGGAGCAUCUGAACGCAGCCCUGCAGUUGAGCAAGCAUGACAGGACAUUCCUGACUCUGGGGAAGGUGCACUUGCUGGCUGGGGAGGUGGACAAAGCCGUUGAGCUGUACCAAAGCGCAGUGGAGUUCUCCCCAGAAAACACAGACUUGCUGACGACGCUUGGCCUGCUGUAUCUUCAGCUUGGAAAAUACCAAAAAGCUUUUGAACACCUUGGAAAUGCUUUGACCUACGAUCCAAACAACUAUACAGCCAUCCUUGCUGCAGGUAGCAUGAUGCAGACUCACGGAGACUUUGAUGUGGCCAUGAACAAAUACCGUGUGGCUGCCUGUGCCGUGCCCGAGAGCCCCCCCCUCUGGAACAACAUUGGCAUGUGCUUCUUCGGCAAGAAGAAAUACGUGGCUGCCAUCAGCUGCUUGAAGAGAGCCCACUACCUGUCCCCGUUUGACUGGAAGGUUCUCUACAACCUGGGCUUGGUGCACCUCACCAUGCAGCAGUACGCCUCUGCAUUCCACUUCCUCAGCGCGGCCGCCAACCUCAACCCGCGCUUUGGGGAGCUCUACAUGCUGCUGGCAGUUGCCCUUACAAAUCUGGAUGACGUAGAGAACGCCACCAGGUCCUACCAGCAAGCAGUGUCUCUCGACAGGUCCAACCCCUUGGUCAACCUGAACUUUGCCGUGCUGCUCUACAACCAGGGAGACAAGAAGGGAGCCCUGCUGCAGUACCAGGAGAUGGAGAGGAAGGCUAGCGGGCUGCGGGAGGCCAGCAGCACUGUGGAGUUUGAUCCUGAGCUGGUGGACAUGGCUCAGAAGAUGGGGGCCGCCCUGCAGGUGGCAGAGAGCCCGGUGUGGACACGACCGCCCGCAGACACCAAGACCAAACCCCGCUCAGCAGCCGCCACCAAGAACCCCGGGGCCCCCCUUGGCACCAACCAGGCCCUGGGCCAGGCCAUGUCCUCGGCCGCCAGCUACAACAAAAAGAUCCAGCUCUCAGCAGGAGCCAACAGGGGUCCAUCGAUGCCUCUUGAGCCUGAGCCUUACACAGAGAACGCCCCCGGCACACCCAGCGACCCCCCUGGCCCUCCUGAACUCCAGGAGACCCCUGAGGCCCCCAAACUCCAGACCUCCAAGAGUAAAGCCAAGAUGGAGGAGGUGGAUUAAUCCUUCGCCGGCCAAAUCCUUGCCUCCCUCUCGGCAGCUCAUGCCCUUUCCUUCAUGCUCCCGCAAAGCCCAGACGCAGCUCAUCCAUUUUAGUUUCCUUGUCAUUUUUUUGUCUUCUUUAGAGCACAUUAUAUAUUUUAUGGAUGGAUUCUGUGAUUGUUUUAAGUCAUUUAUAUCAAGUCUUGCUAUUAUGAUUUCAGUAAAAAUAAGUCUAUGAGCGGCUGAUCACAAAAACCCAUUCAAAGAUGUUUCUUAAGAAUUUCAGCUCCAUUCACAUAGAAGGUCAGGAUGUGAUUAGACUUCAAGUGAAGAUUAUGCUUUGCCACGUUUCAGUAUUUGCGAAAUAGGGUUUGGAAUCACUGGUUGUCCCUAUGACCAGUCUUUUAUUUAUUUACAACCCACCAUGGGUUUAUUUUAAUAUUGUCAUCUUUUUGUGAACUAUGUAAAUAAUUGUAAAGGCCAAGUUCAUGCUCAUAUAUAUGAAUAAUUGUUGUCUAUACAUAGUAAUAAUUUAUUGCAAUAAAUAGUUG